UACUUUUUCUUUUUGUCUGCUUCCUUUACACUGUGACUGGCUGCUGUGUGUGUUGGAAGUGUUUGUGGCCGUGGUGGUGCGUGUGUGUGGCGGCGCGUCUUGGACGCUUUCCAUACGUCGCAAAUCGCAGCGAUUUUCAGGAGCCAAAAAUGUGACCAACAGCGGAACUCAACGCCUUGCCACAAAAAGGAUUUCUUCGCUCAGCAAACCGGCGAAGCCUCACUUGAACUUGCCGUUUUCUUACGGCGCGCCGAAACCAUGAUUGAAUCGAGCAGCAGCAGCCUUCUCGGGACAAGUCCCUGGAACACAGACCCCUUCCUGUGGAAGGAUGGAACAUCAUUCCUGGCCUUCGAGAACCUGCUUUCAGAUACUGCAGACUGUCUGCCGCUGUCUUCCGACUCCCCGGACGAGGACGAGGGUUCGCCGGCCAUGUUCGAGCUACCCGUGGCUCCCGCCCCGACGCCGGAGUCUGGGUUUGCCGACAUUCUUGCCGGGUUUCUGGAGGAGGACACCUGCGCCACAUACGGGCUCGACCUGGACGAGCUGAGCCUGGAUCCGACGGAGUCGUCAGAGGUGUUGUCGGACUGGAGCGGGAGCAGCGGCUGGCCGGCUUACGACGUCGGGGAGGACGCGGCAGACUUUGGGGGUCACCGGUCGAGAGAGAGGUCGCGAAGGGGCGCUUCAGUGGCGGCCGCGGACAUCUUGGAGUCGUCGUCUUCGAAGUCGUGGUCUCUGAUGAGCGGUGAGGAGCAGCUCCGGACGGUGGAGGCUUUGACGGAGGCCAUUAGCCGCCAGCUGGGGCUGAGGGAGCAGCUGGACGUGAUCCGCAUCAUCGACCCCCUCGCCAGCGUGGACCCCGCCGCCGACCGGGAGUUUGUCGUCGACCUGAGGCACCUGGACGACCGCAAGCUGCGCCAGAUUGCAGACUAUGUGCGGCGCCACGCCGCCGCAAAAGAGGAGGUGGCAAGGCCGCGCCCCGGGCGGCGCUCACGGCGCUCCACUUCGGACAACAGCAGCUCAGGGUCGUCCAACCCGUCCGCCGCCAAGGCUCCCAUCAACUCUGGCGUGGCUCCCCGCACGCAGAAGGACAAGCGAAAACGGCACCGCCGGGAGCCGGCGAUGGCGUCGCACCAGCGCAAGGCCCGCCGACAGAUGCUCAAGGAGCAACGCAGCGGCCUCUUUGUACACGAACAGGUGCUGUCCCUCAGCGGGACGGCCCAGGCCGCCGCCGCCACCGCACCCGGACAGGACUGCCCCCAGACGGCCUUAUCCUCGCAGCCGGAUGCGGAAGAGGACGAAGAGGUUGACAUCCUGCACUGACGGAGCUGUUCCCGGGUCGGGGUUUCUCUCGAGGGAGUCGGGGAACCGUGGGCUGUGUUCCUUGAAGGCGCAACGGGUGGCCGGGGGUCUUCUCUAUUUUAUUUUUUCUCUGGAGGUCUUCGAUUCGUUUCUGCACUACGUCGCGCGUGUGCGUAAAAAAGAGAAUGAUUGCGUGUGCACCUGAUGCAGGAGUUGGAGGCGUGGCUUCGCAGGCCUAAGCCCUAACGCGCGAAUAAACAGCAUUUGCUGUCGCUUGCGAGCGAGAUUGAAAGGCAAGGUUGGUCAAGCGUGACUAGGCUGUAAGUGAUCCCAGCCGAUCGGUGCUGCGAACGUAUCGUGCAAUUAGGCAUUCUGCAAGUCGCAGCUUUCCUCUCAAAGGUCACGUGACACACACAACAUUAUGUUGGCUUCGGCGGCUCGUAGCGUCCGCUGCGGUUCGUCGUAACGCGAGACAACAAACAUUCUCCGAAACAUGAAUUGCUGUCAGGUUGUUUUUGUUUGGGGAUCCGACAGGGAAGGAUCUAUCUAGAUGCUGGCCUACGUGCAAGUUUGUGAAACUAGGACUGUCGCUUACCAUGUUUUGUUUGGUGCAGCUUGUGAGAAUGGUCUGGGAGUGUUUUGGUACGAUUGUGCUCUGCCACGGCUUUCGCGCAUUCUUGCCAGUUGUAGUCUUGAAGGUUUUUGUGUUCGAGCGACUUCAUGAUUGGAAUGUUCCGAGGGGACACAGUGCCAUAGGUUACGUCCGUCUGUUCGGUAUUGGAGUGCCGUGACGCUGUCAAAAGUCCAUGUGCAGAGUUUUUUCUUUUUUCUUUUUUUUUUUGUGUGUCAACGGAGCCUCGCUGAUGUGAAACAAAUUUUUGUGCAUUUAUUGUUGUGUUCCAGUCAACGUCUUACGAAUGAAAGCAUGAGACUUUUGUUGUCCUCAUCAAAACUGUCUGCCCGCCUUAAUUUUCGUUUCAUGCGCAUUCAAUUUUGUCAAAAUGCAGUUGUGCUUCAGAAGUUUGAGAAUGAAAUUUGAAUGCUGCUUGUGUAGGAGUCAUAAAAAAUUGUAGUAAUUAUUUCCACAUUGCUGCCUAUAAGUUAGCAAUGGGAGGCAUUAAAAAUAUGAAAUGGCUAUAUUGAAGAGACAGACAUACAUUGGCUAUUGUAGUGUAUUUUGGAAGUGACAUUACAGACAUGGAAUUGUCAUUUCCAGUUAUUUUGAUGAUGUCAAAGUUUUUUCUUGUUUAAGAAAGAAGGUAUGUACUUAUGCUUGUUCUUUAGGUAAAUACUACUAUUUAAAUUUUUUUGUCCAUUCUCUAUUUGAAUUGUACAAUAUUCAGACUGCUGAACACUUGGUGGCUUCCAUGCCACUAUCAGUUGUAAGAACCGCCGAUUUGUUCUGUGAAGUGUCCUUGGAAUACUCUCUGGAUUUUUUUUGGCCGUCGUGGAGAAACACUGUGCUUGUUUCAUGUUGCCAUUGAAACACCAGUAAUUGACGAAACGGGCAAGACGUGUGGUCUGUCAUUUAGAAUAUUUAUUGGAAUCUUUUGUGACAAUGUUGUUUGUUUCCACCAUCUUUUUUUUAUCUCCAGUUUGCCGUCUUUGACACUAGGCUCUUCUCGAGGAUGCUUUUGUUUGCUGUAUGAAGACCUUUGGCUCGCUGUCAUGAAGCGCCAUUGAAAAUGCUCAAAAUGUGGUCAGUGCAGGAUGAUAAUGAAGUUGAUACGCGAUUAAAUGAAGUGACAACUUUGA